CAGAUAACAAAUCAGAAAGUCACACAACAGACUGUUGAGACAUUACAAAUUAUUGUCUUAGGAUUCUGGGAGCCUUUUUUCCUGUGCACAGGUUGAAAGAGAGGAAGGGGAAAAAUCCUUUGUCGAAUAUUCCAUACCGUGGAGGCUGCUCCAUAUACUAUCUGUCCAAUGCAUGAAUGAGGAACGAGCCUUAAAAAGACAGUUGUCACCACAAAACAGGCCAGAAAUUUAACUUCUGGCGCUCAAUAUUUGAUAUUAUAUCAACUUGUGGCAGCAAUGGAUCUAUCUACAGCAGCCCAUGAGAAUGACAACGAACCUGUAAUAUUACAGAAGGAGCAAGACAAAUGUCACCUGGCCGAGAAGGCAGAUGCCAUCCGGAGAGCAUGCGACUUGGGGGACCUAGACGCAUUGGUUUCACAUGCGAAAUCAGAAGGUGGCUUCCUCCGGGAUGACCUGCGUCAGUUAGCAUGGCCAAUUCUUUUACGAUGCCAGCAAGACAAACGAGAUGGUGAUAAGGAUUGGAACGAAUCGCCACGACAUGCAGAUGAAGACCAGGUUCAACUGGACGUGCACAGGUCAUUUGUCUAUUACCCUAGCGGCACCAAUGAAGAAUUGUCCAAAAAGAAAGACGAACUAUCAAAUGUGAUCACAAACGUGCUACGGAACUAUCCAUAUCUUUGCUAUUUUCAGGGAUAUCAUGACAUUGUACAAGUCUUGCUUCUAGUACUGGGAGAAAAGCAAGCAGUACCAGCAGUUACCCAAAUCUCUCUCUUUCGGAUACGAGAUUACAUGCUUCCAUCGCUCAAUCCGUCUUUGAAACACCUGCAGAUUAUUCCAGCGAUCAUUGAACGAGCGGACCCAGGCUUGCGACAGCAUCUUUCGGACGUCAGACCAUUCUUCGCCCUCGCAGCUAUGCUUACGUUAUAUGCGCACGAUAUCCAAGAGUACGGCGAUAUCGCCCGUCUCUUCGACUUCCUCCUCGCACAUGAACCUGUCGUCCCGACCUACCUUUUCGCAGCGAUUAUCCUCUCCCGCAAAAAGGAACUGCUGGAUAUUCCGGUGGAUGAGCCGGAGAUGAUGCAUUUCACUCUUUCCAAACUUCCAAGUCCAUUAGACCUUGACGAUUUGGUACAGAGUGCUGUGCAGCUCUUCAACGACUAUCCACCCGAGUCACUGCCUUUUGGAGUCUGGAAGCAAAUUCCGGCAUGCAGUGUGCUGAAGAGCUCUCGAAAUCCUUUCCGGAAGCAGAAAGCAGAGAAUGCGGUAAAGCUAUUUGGUCAGCAAACGCGGCAACUUCGUAACGAUGAACUGAAAAAGAAAGCACUUGGGCUCUUGUGGACACACAGAAAGGCCAUUGGCUCUGUUGCCGUCGCCGUCUUCGUUGGUGCUGUGUCUAUUUGGAUACGGAAGAAAGGAUUUGACGCAUCGAUCUGGUCAUACAUGGACAACUUCAAGGCGGCUUUUGAGGAUCGCUUCUUCUAAAAUAGCCCACUUAAUUUCUCUUAUCGAACUAAAACAUGUCAAGAUGGCCGGACUGUCCGUUUUAUACAGCGGGACCAUGUAACAUAUAGGCGUGAUAAGAUAGCAACAUAAUAAAAGUGUUUACUAAUUGCUCUG